CGGUGCAACUAAUAAGGACCGCGAUCUAGCAGGCGAUCCCACUGUGACUUUUAUUUCCAAGUCCUGGAAUCCGGAAUCAAGACUGAUCGUUAUCACACAUGGAUUAUGCUUCUUUUUUCGCUGUUUUUUAUUUCUUUUUGCGUUAGAGGAAACUUUCCCAGCAGCUAUUUUCAGAGGACUGCUCUCUAGUGUCAGAGCCAUGAUUAGCUUGUUAAGAUGGACAGCUUUCCUUUGGACUGUAAAUUCCAUUCCUUGCACUUUUGGGAUGGCAGUGAGUGAACAAACAGAUGGCUCAUGUCCCCCUCUGACUGUAGAGGAAUACAGGUUCUCUGAUAUUUUAGAUCGUCCCCUGGAAAUUACAGGAUUGGAUCUCACAGAAAAGUUUCUCCUCCGAAAGGGAACGGUAACAGAAGACCUUCCGUCGUUUCGUUUAGGAAGCAGUCCGCUCAUUAAGCCGACAAAGUUAAUAUUUCCAAAUGGGCUUUCAAGUGAAUACUCCCUUGUCACCAUCUUCCGGGUAAGAAGGACUACAAAAAAAGACCGCUGGUAUCUUUGGCAGAUAUUCGACGAGUCGGGAGGCAGUCAGGUAUCGGUUGUGGUUGAUGGUGGCAAGAAGGCGGUGGAGUUUUCUUCCCAGGACCUGCUAAAGAACACUCGCCGCUACACAUUUAAAAGCCGUGACCUACAUGCCCUCUUUGAUCGCCAGUGGCACAAGCUGGGCAUUUCUGUACAGAGCAACAUAGUCUCCAUUUACAUGGACUGCAAGCUGAUAGAAAAGAGACAGACUGACGAGAAGGCCAGCAUUGACCCCAGUGGGCGCACCCUUAUCACUACACGAGUGGAGGACGGACGGCCUGUAGAUAUUGAAAUGAGACAAAUUCUAAUCUACUGUGACCCUUAUAUGGCUGAAAUGGAAAAUUGCUGUGAGCUACUGGAGCCCAAGUGUGGAGCCAAGAAGACAUUUAAUGGGACUUCCCCUCCCCUGGUUACAGCCCAGCUCCCCCAGAUGCUGUCUCAGCCAGCCUCACAGUCAAUUGACAGAUGUCAGUGUCCAGCUGAAAAGGGAGAUGCUGAUCUUCCAGGUGUAGUUGGACUGCCAGGAGAAAAGGGGAAUAAAGGAGACAAGGGCGACACAGGGGAUGCCGGGCUUCCAGGAAACCCAGGACAUAAGGGGGAACUUGGAUCAGAAGGGCAAAAGGGAAUCGAUGGGGAGAAGGGUCUGAAAGGUGACCCAGGGCCAGUUGGUCCAGUUGGUCCAAAAGGAAACAAAGGGGAUGUGGGUUUGCCUGGAGUUCCAGGGCUGCCUGCUGACAAAGAAUGUCUCAAAGGAGAUCAGGGCCCUCGAGGUGACAAAGGAGAGAAGGGAUUGACUGGGGUGCCAGGGGAUCCAGGCAAAGAGGGCAAAAGGGGACGGAGAGGAAAGCCUGGAGAGCCUGGACCCAGAGGCCUGCCUGGUCCCUCUGGAAACUCUGACGGAGCAAGUGUCAAGGGUGAGCCUGGAGUCCCAGCGGGAAAAGGGGAGAAAGGAGAGAGAGGAGACCCGGGUCAGCCAGGUGCUGAGGGGGGCAGCGGGAUGAAAGGACAAAAAGGCGAUGUUGGCCCCCCUGGUCCUCCUGGUCCUGUGAUGACAGCUCACGGAUUAAGACAGCUCUCUGGAACUGAUGAAAUGAAGGAGAGGACCCAAAAGGGAGAAAAGGGAGACCAGGGGGAGAGAGGAGCUCAAGGGCCACAAGGCUUCAAGGGAAACAUAGGGCUGCCAGGGCUGAAGGGAGAUCAAGGGCCAGAGGGGAAGCAAGGCCUGCCUGGACACCCAGGACUCCCAGGCGAGCCAGGCUCGCCAGGGGAGCGAGGGAAAGAUGGCCUAAAAGGAGAAAAGGGGGACACUGGUGGAGUGAUUGGGCUACAGGGACCUCCAGGUCCUAAGGGUGAGCCUGGAGAGCCUGGAGGUGGAUAUGUGGGCGAUGGAUUGUCUCUAACUAGAGGGUCUCGCGGGCCCAAGGGUGAGAGAGGUGUCCCGGGAUUGCCAGGAGACCAUGGUGAAAAAGGCGAACCUGGAGAGAGUGUCAUAGGCCCGGCUGGCCCCAUGGGACUUACAGGAAAGCCAGGAAGCCAGGGCCCUCAAGGACCCCCAGGUUUUACUGGCCCUGGUGGCCAUCCAGGACGAGAGGGACCCCCUGGUAGACCAGGCCCCCCAGGCCCUGCUGGACCCCCAGGUGAACCAACUGCCCUGCCAAUUGUUGGAGACAUGGGUGCUUUACUCAAGAAUGCCUGCAGUGUGUGCCAGACGAAAAUCCCAGGGCUUCCUGGGCAGAAAGGAGAGAAGGGGUCCCCUGGAGCACAAGGAGUAGAAGGCCUGGUGGGAGAAAAGGGGGAUCCAGGUGUAAGAGGUCCUAUGGGUAACCCUGGGAAAGAAGGCCCAAAGGGAGUAAAAGGAGAGAGAGGAUUCCCAGGCCCUACAGGAGAUAAAGGUGAUGAGGGCCCUGUAGGAGUACCAGGACUUCCUGGUGUGACUGGUCGUACAGGGUCCCCGGGGCUUAUGGGUAGACCCGGGCCAUUGGGCCAACCAGGUGGAAAAGGAGAAAAAGGAAAUGAAGGACCACCGGGCAGACCAGGGCUUCCAGGACCUCCGGGUGUACCGUAUGUGGAGACCACGGGGAUGAGCAGUCUGUACAAGCUGCAGAGUGGUGGAGCUAUUUUAGGACCCCCUGGAGCUCCUGGUGCGCCGGGUCCCAAAGGAGAUGAAGGACCCCCUGGGGAACCAGGGGCCAUGGGAUUACCCGGGCUUGAAGGGCUACCUGGUGCCAAGGGUGAUAUUGGUUUGACUGGUCCUCCUGGGCAACUAGGUCCUCCAGGGAAGCCCGGAACUCGUGGAGAGCCAGGGAUCCCAGGAGAGCCGGGUGAGAGGGGGCCGCUCGGAGAGACAGGAUUCCCAGGACCCGAGGGACCCCAAGGUGUUCCUGGGAGACCUGGAAAAGAUGGAACUCCUGGAUACCAGGGAGCUACAGGUAGACCAGGGGACAGAGGAUCCAAAGGAGAGCGUGGUGAUCCUGGGAUUCCUGGAGAGAGAGGUGUUCAAGGCGAGAGAGGUCGCAUAGGAGAUCCUGGCCCUAUUGGACCCAUCGGAGCGGUCGGACAAAAAGGCGACCCUGGCCCUCCGGGACAGUUGGAGAGUGCAAACCUCUUGGGUGAUCCUGGCUUCACGGAAGAACUGAAAAUGUUCAUCAGAAAUGAAGUUUUAAGGAUCUUUGAAGAGAGGCUAUCGAGCGCUGCCAUGCUGCAGAAGACUCCUGCAGGCAUCUUAGCAUCACAAUUCCAAGGGCCUCCAGGACCUCCUGGCAAUGACGGAUUACCAGGCCCACCAGGAGAGCCUGGACCUCCUGGUCCUCAAGGAUACAGGGGUCAGAAAGGAGAACGAGGUCAGCUCGGACUGGGGUUACCAGGAGAUCCAGGACAUAUGGGUCCACCAGGUCCUCCUGGGAUAACUUCUCAGGGCCCUCCUGGAUCUCCCGGGCCCCGUGGACCUCCUGGGACAUGUGACCCCAGUGACUGUCUAUUUCCAUCCCGGUGAAUCCAGCAGAGCAGUUUAGGCCGGUUCGAGGACAGACGUCCAGCUCUAAGCUCAGUGCUGCAGGCACAGAGCAGCCUCGCUGUAUCUGACAGCUUCCUCGGCUCUGGUUUAUCGCACAGACUCACAACUGACCUCUUUUGUUCACUUUGCAAUAACCUUUGGAUGCAGUCAGGAUUUUUUGUUGUUGUUGUCUGGUUUGUUUUGAAUUCAGUUUUUUUUUUGCUGUACUCUUUAAGUUAUUUUGUUUUUUCACAUCCCCACUGUGAUGUAAUGCAUUCCAUGUCAACUCUCAUUAUGUCUUUCAAGACUAUGAAAUGACUUUGUUUCAUCACGUUCAGUCCUGUCUGAAAACAUGAUCUUAAUUAUUUGUUUGCCUCCUUAAUGGGCAUGCCUCUGACUCUUCUGUUCUUGUUGAGAUAAGCCAAUGCGCUGGCAGAAGGUACAUCUCGCGUGUGUGUGUGUGUGCGUGUGCGUAUGUGCUUAUGUGUGUGAGAAAAAGAUUAGCUGAAUGAGUAUACUUGUUUUAUGUGUAGGUGUAAAAAAUAACAGAUUUUUGAAACUCCUUAUGCAACCAAAGUGCAGCAGAUGCGUCUGAUACGGAAAUUAUUUAUUUUUAAGCGUGUUUAAAAGAUGGUACAAAUAGUUGUAGUAAAUGUAGCACGGAUAUUCAGUUAUAUUGUCACUAGAAGAUGGAUUAUUACAUUUCUGGAUUACUGAGAGUUUUGUUUUUUGUUUUAUGAAAUUAUGACUCGUAACCCAUUUGCAUUGUGCAUGAUAAUCUUUUUUUUUUAAAGAAUCUUGCUAUUUUCUGUAGAUUAUGCAUCAGUACUGAAUGUUCAUCAGCCAUAUCUUUUGUAAUACAAAAACCUACACCUCAUACUGUUCGACGCAUACAUCAAGGGCAGAUUUUUCCAUAUGAAAAGAAUGUACUUUAAUUGUUGUUCCUGUUCAGCGAGUAUGACUUGACCUCACAUUUGUCUUUACUGUUGGUUUAAUCUGUAAAUAAGUUGAACGAGUGAUUGUGUUUUCUUUCUUUUUUCCUGUCUAAUGGGGCUUGUAAUGGGACCUGACAAUAUAAUUACAUAAGCAAGUUGUCAUUGUACUGUCACGUUAAGGUUCUCACUUUUGUUAUCAAUCAUACGAUGCUGCAAAUGUUUUAAGAUUUUGUUUGUGUGUCUGAGAUGAUGAUAAUUAACAUUGUUUACAUAGUGUGGUGAAUGAUGAUUCCUCUGGUUUUAUUUGUAUAUUUUUGAUUUUCAGCCACAAAAAGGAAAUCGGACUACUACACUACAACUUCAGACCUUUUAUUUUGGUGCAACACAUACAUAACUCAUGAAUGUACUUGAAUUUGUUUGUUUUAACAGCAUCGUGGUCUACAUCCUGGUUUUUCACUCACUGACCAGCACUGGGUGUCACUAUGUAUCGUCGGGAGUGGGGGGUGUCUUAUGACUGGAGUUUUGAUAUAUUUAUUUGCCAUAACAGGUUACAGAGUCAUUUUAGUGUAAAUUCAGAAGGUUUUGAGUCAACUUCGUCUAAACAGGCCAUAUGCUGUAUCAUUUAGAUGAAUGUUCUCUUUGAAGAUUUGUAAGGAAAUGCACAAUUUGUUCAUCUGAAAAGUAACCUAAACUUUACAGUCAGUCUACACAAUGAACAUUUAUUCAUCAAAAAAAAGAUAAUUGGCCUGUAGCGUACAGUAUAUUACUUUCCUAAAGCUUUAACUUGGCGUGCUGUUUAAUGAGAGUUUGACUCAAAGCCUUUAAAUUUACUUUUAAGUGUCCUGCUGUGAUUAAUGUUUGAAAAGUUCUGUGGGUGUAUCUGAAAGUUUGUGACAUUAAGAACUCGGUUCUAUCUGUACUUCAUCCUUUAAGAUCAGUUUUUUUUUCCUCUUAUACUUCAUGUCUCACAUCACCAUGCUUCUCUUACACAUGUGAAUUAUAGCUCACAUCUUACUUUGAAGCUGCAGAGGGGUUUUUUAUAUAUUUUUCUCAGCAUGCAGGCUUGGUUUUAUCUCUGUUCAAUUUUAUCAGUGUGAGUGGGUCUAAUUUUAGAGGGGUAUUGAAUCAAAUGUGUGCAACUAACUUUAUUUGUGAGUUGAAAGAGCCCCCUGCUGGACAUGUAUUUAUUUUCUCAUUGCUUGUAAUGUGAAUGGAAAACAAUCUUUGUUUGGGUUAUAGGUUACAUAAAAUCCCCUCCUUCUACUGGCUACUGUCCUUUCAUCGCACUAAUUUUCAUAUUCGGUUUAAUGGGUUCCCCUUCUGAGACAAUAACGCCGACCUUGGCCAAAUUCAAAUGAGACAGCACCAGCAAACUAAUGUGAUCUGAACUUUUUGGUGCACUGAUGAGAGCAACUCUUUGCGUAUAUUGAAUUUACCCUGCAUUGAUAUUAAUGUGCACCGGUUUGUGACUUCAAUUAAGCUAAACAGUAUGAUAACUAGGGAGGACACAAAAUGGCUGCUGAUGUCACAGCCCACUUCACUAGCAAUUUGCUGCCAGGCAUUUUACAUCGCUCCAAGUUAAAAUCCAUUUAUUCUAAGUGGAAAAUGUCAGAUGAAAGCAAACUCAAAGGGUGGAGGUGUGGUGGGUUGAAGCGUCCUUCAAAUGAAAUGCUUUUAUACAUCUAAAGAUAGACAGAAAUACUUCAAACAAUAACAUCAGUUUUUAAACAUCCACAUAUUUCAUUAUUGCUUUUUUUUACAGUAAUGGAAGUUGAUCCUGUCACCACAUGUAAUCUAAUCUUGUAAAUAAGCUUGUAAUGAAGGGGAAUAUGGAUCAGCCUCUCAGCAUGGUCCCUUGGAUUAAAAAUGUCUGCCUGCUGCUCUCACUGUAACUCCUCUCUACUCCUUCAUAAGCUCAAGUCGUGCUGAGUGACUUUAAUGUGUUUUUGUCAUUGUUUCGUUGAAUAUCUACCUCAGUCUUGGUUUACCACAAGUCUACAUGAUUAGCUAUUUUGCAAAAAAAAAGAAAAAAUCCCAACACUGACUGUUACCUUUAACUGAUAAAAGCAAUUAAAACCUUACAUGUAUGUAAAAACAGAUAAAUUGCAGUCCUGGAUGUUGACAUCAGUAUCAGUCUGCUUACUGGACUAUAAAGAGUAGAGGUGGUAAUGCUUUUGUUGUGGAGGAUGAUCCAGUGUGUAUGUGGUUACCAGGUAUCAGAGGUUAUAUUUUACACUUUUCUUUGCAGCAUCUUUUAUUUACACUGAUUAAUGGCACCUGCCUUUACACGAGUGCAAUAAAUGUUAUUCAGUGCUUUAUUUCCUGUGUUCUUGUGUUGUAUUUUUGCGCUCUAACACAGCCUGGGUCUUUUUUUAUUAUGUGUUUCUGUGUGGUCAGUGGCAGUUAUAAUUAAUCCUUUAAGUGUUGUUCCAUUGUGAUAAAACUCACAACAAAGGUUUCUUUCAUCAGACACCUGAGAGUUUUAGCAUUUCAGUUGUAUUUAAAAUAUAAUGAUAUGCAUAAAAACUCUAUUUUGAAUGUAACUAUAUUAAACAGCUGUGAUAUUU